UUCUUUGUAGGAUAUGGAGAUGUGGAUGAUUUUAAUCUGGAGGAUGCAGUGAAAGAAACUUCCUCAGUAAAACAGAGAUGGGACCACUUCAGCACCACGACUAGGAGGCCGGUAACAACCAGAGCCCCAGCAAAUCCAGCAGAGAGAUGGGACCAUGUCACCACUACUACAACUAGAAGGCCAGGAACAACUAGAGCACCAUCAAAUCCUAUGGAAUUUGACUUGGAAGAUGCCUUGGAUGAUCGAAAUGAUCUAGAUGGCCCCAAAAGGCCAAGCGCAGGAGAAGCAGGAGAUUUGUCAGACAAGGAUCUUGAAGACAUCGUGGGAGGCGGGGGAUACAAACCUGACAAGAAUAAAGGUGGUGGUGGUUAUGGCAGCAAUGAUGACUCUGGAUCUGGCAUAUCGACAGAAACUGGCACCAUCGCAGGUGUGGCCAGUGCCCUUGCUAUGGCCCUGAUUGGAGCUGUGUCCAGCUACAUCUCCUACCAGCAGAAAAAGUUUUGCUUCAGCAUUCAGCAGGGCCUCAAUGCAGACUACGUGAAGGGGGAGAACCUGGAAGCUGUUGUGUGUGAGGAACCCCAAGUGACAUACUCAAAACAAGAAACACGGUCUGCAGAACCCCCACCACCUGAGCCACCCCGGAUCUGAGGCCCCGUUCAGUGGCCACCGCUUGUCACCCAGCUCCGGAUUUCAUUUGCCAAUCUUUUCCCCCAAGUCUCUUCCCAUGCCACUGGCUUCUUAUUGUACUGUUUUUUUCUGGACAAGCCUUAGGUGUUCGUGAGUGUGGUUUCUGUGCCAUGUCCUUCAGACUACAGUUACUGCUCUGCCAUGGGUUCUCUAAAGAGACUUGGUGCUGAGACUUGAGACCCAGGUUCAGCGGAUUACUACCACCAGCGUUGAAAGUUUCUGGUGAUAGAGACAACCUGAUCCAGCCUUAGCAUGGGAAAAGGAAGAUGCCCAAGGUGGGGGUGGAUCAGAGGAUGGUUGAGGCAGCAGUGCAGAUCAGGUUAAGCAAUCUCUAGGUACUAUGAAAUCCUUUACCUACACACUAUAGUGAGUUGUUGUGCUGACCACUGAGAGGAGCAUGCUCAACUGGCAUCUGGUGCAUAUGGAACCCAUUUUGAGACAAAUCAGAUAGCACCAAGCUACAACACACAUACACACACACACAUAACACCUAGGCACUUUAAAAAAAUUGAUUGUUCUUCGCAACUUCAUGUUUUAUAUUAUUCAGCUUCCAGAGAGCUUGUCCAGGUGAAGGUUCUUCAGUUAUUUUAGUGCAAACAUGGUCUCACAAUAGUCUUACCCCAAGAGUAGGAAGAAGGAGCAUGUGGGAGCUGUAACUAGUGGUUCGAUUACCAUCAGAUUCUGUAGAGAUCUCUGGCUGGCCUAGUAACAGGUCUUGGAAGUCACAUAUACAAACGAACUUUCUACCAGGUCAGGGUGGUACAUGUACAUGAUCUACCCUACAUGAUCUCAUUUAAGUAGCAAGAGCUACAGAUCCUGAGAAUGGAUGUGGGAACCAGAAGCAUGCUUGUUGUUUUCUUAGAAGUGGAUGGGGAAGGGGAAGGGUAGGGGAAGGCAUGCUGGCUUAGCUGCCUUUGUAGUUGUGUAGCUGACCUCCCUAUCUGCUCUGAAAAGGGCUCUGACCAUGUUCAUAGCAGUAAAUACAGGAAACCAAGGGCCAGGGCCAGAGCUGACUGCUACCUCUAGUUUGGGCUGGAUCUACCUGCUUCCUGGACUGUUUCUUUGGCUUCAGUGAGCUCGAUAGUGAACCUGCAAGUGAAAGCUAAGCUAGUUUCCACCCCAUGUGCACUAAUAGUUUGACAUGUCAAAAGGCACUUCUGAAAGCAGAGUCACUAUGAAGGCAAGAUCCACAGCUCCUCUGGACAACAUGAUUGGCCCCAUAUAUUCCACAAGCUGUGAAUUGACUCCUUCACCUCUGCUGAGCUGGGAAGAGGCAACACCCACUUUAAGAAACUACUGAACUCUUGUGUUGUCUAAUGCAUGCCUUGAGUGUAUUUGUUGUUUAAAGACUAUUCAUGGUGGAGGGCUGCUGGAGGUGUCAUGUCUCCAGGCAGCCUGAACACCCACUCCCAGUGUAUACCUGUGGGCGAUGAGAUGUUCCUUUUGCUUGGCCUUUGGUCCCAGACAGUCCAGGUCUGGGGAUCCAAUAGGGAAGCUGGAGCUCUGGGGAAAUGACACAAAGAUGGAAAAAAAAAAAGAUCAUGGCCUCAGGAAGCCCACCUUAUUCUUCAGAAAGUUAAGUAGCAAAGGAGGCAUCACUUGCAAGACGUGUCAGUUUCUAGAAUCUUCUAACUUGCUGGUCACAUUGCUGUCAACUUUGUCAGGAUUGUACCUUACUGACACCAAGGACAUCAAGGUGGCCUAAAGGAAGGAUUUUAGUAUUUCUGGUCUGUUGACAUGUAGCUAGGGUAAUCUCAGGAGGGUUGUCUACCUUUAUGCUGAGGCCUAUCUGAUGGCAAAGCCCUCGAACCCCACGGCCAUGAUGUAAAAUAAAUGCCCUCUUGUUAAAAAGUUUUCUCAAUAGCACUGGUUCCAGUGAAAAAGAGCUCUAAUUUGCUCUCCCUUAGCUACCUCGGUGCCUUCUGCAUAAAGCCCUUCUGCAUAAAACCCAUCACUCAGCCCGCAGGCGCUAGCUAACUGGCUGGACAGGCCUGGGCGGGCCAUCGGCCUCCUGUUCAUACAGUCUCAUCCCAGGGGCCGGGCUCCUCCUUCCCACUGGCAUUUUAUACUUGGUGGGGCAUUGUGGCCUGCAGAAGGCUUGGGACUGGUCCUGUAACUGUGUCCCCCAUGAAGGCUGAGUUGGCCAACUUGGGCUAGUCCCAGGUGAUAGAAGGGAGAAAACAAAUGAAGCAGAAGAGCCAAUUGCCAAGAUCAGAUCUCGAUUAGUGAAACUUGACAGGAAGAACUUUAAAAAUGCUCAACGUUCUCAAGUGGCUUGAUGUAGGGGCUGCCUACCGUGGUAUAGGGCAGGCCCACUGCCUCAGCCACUUGGGUUGUGGUUAGUACCAGUUCUCUGAGGAAGACAUGCUGGAGACUGCCAGAAUCCCUGUACAUCGUUUUCCGUGCUUGUGUCCAAGUGUGAAUUGUAAAUGGUCUAGUGUUUGCAUUAAACAAAGUGGAAUCUAACCACUCCUUAUGUCCUGA